CAUUCUCCAACACGUCCCACGUCAUUUUCCCUCCCUCGCCGACCGAGGAGCAGAAAGGUUCGGGGGGGGGGAUUAAAUCGACCAGUAAGAAAUAACAUUAAAAACGCAGGGGAAAUGUCGGGCAGCGAGGAUGAGAGGGAGGACUUCGGACCUGCGGACGAGCACUCACUUCUUCACGGUGAGGAGGAGCAGCAGCAGGAGGACGCUGCUGUGUCUGACGUAGACGAGGUACCCAAGUCGAAGAAGAAGAAGAAAGCUAAAAAGAGCAGCCGAGAGAACAGGAGCAGCAAAAGGCAAAGACCCAUCAGAGAGGAGUUGCCAGUCAGCUCCCCAGAGCGCCUGAUUGGAGUAGAAGCAGCAGAGAGAGAUGCAGAGGAGGGAGGUGUGCGGUCAGAGAGUGAAGGAAGUGAUUAUGCCCCGGGGAGGAAAAAGAAGAAGCGCUCCAGCUCUGCCAAAGAAAAGAAGAAAGGAAGUGCAGCAGCAGAGAAAGGAGGCUCGUCUAACUCUAAAAGCAAACGGAAAGAUCCAGAACCAGAAGAAGACGAGGAUGAUGAUGAUGAUUGCCAGCCUAAAAGCUCGACACAACUACUGGAGGCCUGGGGCAUGAAAGACAUUGACCAUGUGUUUACUCAGGAAGACUACAGCUCCCUCACCAACUACAAGUCCUUCAGCCAGUUUGUUAGGCCAUUAAUUGCAGCCAAGAACCCCAAAAUUGCCGUCUCCAAGAUGAUGACUUUAAUGAUGGCCAAGUGGAGAGAAUUCAGCACCAACAACCCUCUGAAGGGUUGUGCCUCUGCCAAUGCAGCCUUGGCAGCUGCCAAUGUGGCUGCAGCUGUUGAGAACAUGGUGGUGGCAGGGACAGACGGAGUGGCAGAAACCAGUGCUGCUGGUUCACCCACACUCGCCCCUGCCCCUGCCCCUGCCCCUGCCCCUGCCCCUGCCCCAACACCUGCUGCUCCUCCAGCAGCCCCUGCACCACCACUCCGCAAAGCCAAGACCAAAGAGGGCAAAGGUCCAAACGCACGCAAGAAGUCGAGGCCAACGCCUAAACCUCAGCCGAAGCCCAAACCUAAGAAGGUGGCUCCACUUAAGAUCAAACUAGGGGGACUCAACAGCAAGAGGAAGCGCUCCUCUAGCGAUGAAGAUGAACCCGAUGUUGACAGUGACUUUGAUGAUGGGAGUUUCUCCGUGUCGGAUGGCUCAAACCGAAGCAGUCGUCCAAAGAAGAAACCCAAGAGUGCCAAGAAAAAGAAGAAAGUGGAAACAGAGGACGGCGAUGGCUACGAGACAGACCACCAGGACUACUGUGAGGUGUGCCAGCAGGGUGGAGAGAUCAUUUUGUGUGACACCUGUCCACGUGCGUACCACAUGGUCUGCCUGGACCCUGACAUGGAGAAAGCACCUGAGGGCAAGUGGAGCUGCCCACACUGCGAGAAGGAGGGGAUCCAGUGGGAGGCCAGGGAUGAACUCUCUGAGGCUGAAGGGGAGGAUGAGGAAGGCCAGAGGGACGAUGGGGUGGAGGAAGAAGAUGACCACCACAUUGAGUUCUGCAGGGUGUGCAAGGAUGGAGGGGAGCUGCUUUGCUGUGACACCUGCCCCUCCUCCUACCACAUCCACUGCCUCAACCCUCCUCUGCCGGAAAUCCCCAAUGGAGAAUGGAUCUGCCCCCGCUGCAAGUGUCCACAGAUGAAGGGCAAAGUCCAGAAGGUUUUAACAUGGCGAUGGGGGGAACCGCCAGCUUCCACGCCUGUCCCUCGGCCUGCUGACCUUUCUGCUGAUGCUCCUGAUCCCCCACCGCUUGCAGGCCGCAGGGAGAGGGAGUUCUUUGUCAAAUGGUGCAAUAUGUCCUACUGGCACUGCUCCUGGGUGCUGGAGCUUCAGUUGGAGCUGAACUGCCAGGUGAUGUUCCGUAACUACCAGAGAAAGACCGACAUGGACGAACCACCACCUGUGGAUUUUGGAGGUGAAGGUGAUGAUGGCAAAAGCACCAAGAGGAAGAACAAGGAUCCUCUUUUUGUCCACAUGGAGGAGGAGUUUUAUCGCUAUGGAGUCAAGAUGGAGUGGCUGAUGAUCCACCGCGUCCUCAACCACAGUGUUGAUAAAAAGAACAACGUGCAUUACUUAAUCAAGUGGAGGGAUCUAGCCUAUGACCAGUCAACCUGGGAGAGUGAGGACAUGGACAUCCCAGAGUUUGACACCUACAAACAGACUUACUGGAAUCACAGAGAGUUGAUGAUGGGUGAAGAGGGCAGACCUGGUAAAAAGUUGAAGAAGACAGUCAAGGUGAAGAAAGCUGAUCGACCACCAGCUAAUCCAGUUGUAGAUCCCACCAGCAAGUUUGAUAGACAGCCGGAAUACCUGGACAGCACAGGAGGAACUCUGCAUCCGUACCAGCUGGAGGGGUUGAACUGGCUGCGGUUUUCAUGGGCUCAGGCCACAGACACCAUCCUGGCUGAUGAGAUGGGGUUAGGCAAGACUGUGCAGACUGCUGUCUUCCUUUACUCUUUGUACAAAGAGGGUCACUCCAAAGGGCCCUUCCUUGUCAGUGCUCCCCUGUCCACCAUCAUAAACUGGGAGAGAGAGUUUGAGAUGUGGGCUCCGGACAUGUAUGUGGUGACCUACGUUGGGGACAAAGACAGCAGGGCUGUCAUCAGAGAGAACGAGUUCUCCUUUGAGGGAAAUGCCAUCAGAGGUGGGAAAAAGGCAUCCAAGAUGAAGAAAGACUCAACAGUCAAGUUCCACGUCCUGCUGACAUCCUAUGAGUUGAUCACCAUUGACCAGGCUGUGCUGGGAUCCAUUGAGUGGGCCUGUCUGGUUGUGGAUGAGGCUCACAGACUCAAAAACAACCAGUCCAAGUUCUUCAGAGUGUUGAACAAUUACCCGCUGCAACACAAGCUGCUUCUGACCGGCACGCCUCUCCAGAACAACCUGGAGGAGCUCUUCCACUUGCUGAACUUCUUAACACCAGAGAGAUUCAACAACCUGGAAGGGUUUCUGGAGGAGUUUGCAGACAUUGCCAAAGAGGACCAGAUCAAGAAGCUCCAUGACAUGUUGGGACCACACAUGCUCAGGAGGCUUAAGGCAGAUGUUUUCAAACACAUGCCUUCAAAGACUGAGCUCAUUGUGAGAGUGGAGUUAAGCCCCAUGCAGAAGAAAUACUACAAGUUCAUUCUUACCCGUAAUUUUGAGGCUCUGAACAUCCGUGGAGGAGGAAACCAAGUCUCUUUGCUCAAUGUGGUGAUGGACCUGAAAAAGUGCUGUAAUCACCCCUACCUCUUUCCUGCAGCCGCUACAGAGGCACCAAAACUUCCAAAUGGCAUGUAUGAAGGAAACGCUCUGACCAAGUCUUCAGGGAAGCUGACGCUGCUGCAGAAGAUGAUGAGGAAGCUGAAGGAAGGAGGCCACAGAGUUCUAGUCUUCUCACAGAUGACCAAGAUGCUGGACCUGCUUGAGGACUUCCUGGAGAACGAGGGAUACAAAUAUGAGAGAAUUGAUGGAGGAGUCACUGGCAACAUGAGGCAGGAGGCCAUCGACCGCUUUAAUGCUCCUGGUGCUCCACAGUUUGCUUUCCUCCUCUCUACCAGAGCUGGAGGCUUGGGCAUUAAUCUUGCCUCUGCUGACACUGUCAUCAUCUAUGACUCUGACUGGAACCCCCACAAUGACAUCCAGGCUUUCAGCAGAGCUCACCGUAUUGGGCAAAACAGAAAAGUGAUGAUUUAUCGCUUCGUUACCAAAGCCUCUGUGGAGGAGAGGAUCACACAGGUGGCCAAGAAGAAGAUGAUGCUCACCCAUCUGGUGGUGCGUCCUGGUCUGGGCUCAAAGACAGGCUCCAUGUCCAAGCAGGAGCUCGAUGACAUCCUCAAGUUUGGAACUGAGGAGUUGUUUAAGGAUGAACUUGGAGAAGGGGACAACAAGGAGGAUGACAGCAGUGUGAUCCACUACGAUGACCAGGCAAUUGACCGUUUGCUGGACAGGAACCAGGACGCCACUGAUGACACUGAGCUCCAGAGCAUGAACGAAUACCUCAGCUCCUUUAAAGUGGCCCAGUAUGUGGUCAAAGAUGAAGACGACGAGGAGGAGGAGGUGGAAAGAGAGGUGAUUAAGCAGGAGGAAAGUGUUGAUCCUGACUAUUGGGAGAAGCUGCUUCGUCACCACUACGAGCAGCAGCAGGAGGACCUCGCCCGAAAUCUGGGCAAAGGCAAAAGAACUCGAAAGCCAGUCAACUACAAUGACGGUUCCCAGGAGGACCGAGGUAUAAGACAGGACUGGCAGGAGGAUCAGUCUGAUAACCAGUCUGAUUAUUCGGUGGCUUCAGAGGAGGGAGACGAGGACUUCGAUGAACGGAGUGAAGCUAACGCCCGCAGACCAAACCGCAAAGGGCUAAGGAACGAUCGGGACAAACCACUGCCUCCGUUGUUGGCCAGAGUGGGCGGCAACAUUGAGGUUUUGGGCUUCAACUCAAGGCAGAGAAAGGCUUUCCUGAAUGCAGUGAUGCGUUAUGGGAUGCCUCCCCAGGAUGCUUUUACCAACCAGUGGCUGGUCAGGGACCUCAGAGGGAAGUCUGAGAAGGAAUUCAAGGCCUACGUGUCUCUGUUCAUGCGUCACCUUUGUGAGCCUGGGGCUGAUGGAGCUGAGACCUUUGCAGACGGCGUCCCACGUGAGGGGCUUUCCAGGCAGCAUGUGCUUACCCGUAUUGGUGUGAUGUCACUUAUAAGGAAAAAGGUGCAGGAGUUUGAGCAUGUGAACGGUCAGUGGUCGAUGCCAUGGAUGGCCGAGCUGGAGGAAAACAAAAGAGCUGCAGCUUUGGCGGCAGGUGAAGACCCAAAGACUCCUUCUACUGGGACCCCUGCAGACACACAGCCCAACACUCCUGUCCCAGAGGAUUUGACUAAAUCAGAGGACAAAGAAGACAUGAAGAAGGAGGCUGAGGAUGUCAAAGGAGUCAAAAAGGCAGAUGAUCCAGAGAUUAUUGAAAUCCCAGAUGAGUCUGAAAAAUCUCCUGUCCUUGAAAAGAAAGAAGGAGAGGGCGACUCCUCUGAAGUGACAGAGGAUAAAGAGAAGGAGACAGGAAAUGGAGAAGGAAAAGGGAAGGAGGCUGAAAACGCAGACAAGGAGAAGGAAGAGAAGGACAAGACUUCAGGAACUGAGAAAGAUGGUCCUGCUGAGGUCAAAGGAGAAGGUUUGGAGGGCAAGGACUCAGAUGAGGACAAGUCUAAAGCUGAGGAGGGAAAAGAAGAGAAGAUGGACACAAGUUCACCAACAGAGGAGAAGAAAGAGCAAAAAGAGGAGAAGGAUUGUUUGAAAACAGACGAGUCUGGUAAACUGCAGAACGGAGAAAACACCAAAGAAGGAGGAACAGCUGCUCCUGUGGUUAACGUCAGCGAGGAGAAGAAAAAAGCCACCAAGCAGAGGUUCAUGUUUAACAUUGCUGAUGGAGGAUUCACAGAGCUUCACUCUCUGUGGCAGAAUGAAGAGCGGGCGGCCACUGUCACCAAGAAAACAUUUGAGAUAUGGCACCGUCGCCAUGACUACUGGCUGCUGGCUGGAAUCAUACAACACGGCUAUGCUCGGUGGCAGGAUGUGCAGAACGAUGUGAGGUUUGCCAUCCUCAAUGAGCCUUUCAAAGGGGAGAUGAGCAGAGGCAACUUCCUGGAGAUCAAGAACAAGUUUCUAGCUCGCAGGUUCAAGUUAUUAGAGCAGGCGUUAGUGAUCGAGGAGCAGUUGCGCAGAGCAGCUUACCUCAACAUGACAGAGGACCCGGCCCACCCGUCCAUGGCCCUCAACACUCGCUUCAGUGAAGUGGAGUGUCUUGCUGAGUCCCACCAACACCUCAGCAAGGAGUCCAUGUCUGGAAACAAACCUGCCAAUGCAGUCCUGCAUAAAGUUCUCAAACAGCUGGAGGAACUGCUGAGCGACAUGAAGGCUGAUGUCACGCGUCUCCCUGCAACCAUCGCCAGGAUACCCCCUGUGGCCGUGCGGCUGCAAAUGUCUGAGCGAAACAUCCUCAGCCGAUUAGCCAGCCGGGGCCCAGAGGUCACCUCACAGAACCAAUCACAGACCUCACAGCAGAUGCAGGUGCCCCGCUGACCAAUCACCUUGCACGUUUUUCUCUCUCAGAGGCCAACCCCCCGCCCCCCCGCCCCCCAACUACCAUGUACAGCACAGUCAGGUUAGUCCUUCUCGUUCUGCACCCACAAUUUAUUUCCGGACUCAGAAGAGCAUCAGCUUUGCUGCUGGACUUUGACUUCACUCCAUACUGGAACUUAAGGUGCAAAUUGAAGGAAAAAUCUCUUCCUUCUGUGGCAGACCAGAGACAAUUCUUUGUCCUCCACCGGGACUCCGAUUUCACUCCUGUAUCCUGAGCACUGUUAAACUGCCGGACGCUUCCCCGACCUGUCCGAUUCUUUCUUCACAGCAGGGUCAAACUGUUAUUUGUAACUUUAUGUACCAUGAAGCUGAAGAGGCUAGAUAGGAGAAAAAGCAGCAUGUCUGAAGUCUCCUGGUGCUUUGUAGUCAGAUUAUUAAAGAAUUCAAGGGAUUUUUGCUCAUUUUCACUUUUAGAAACUUGUGAAGCUUUUUUUUUUUUAUAGGUAGUUCAAGUCUAACGUCCUCAUCUGUGUGGGUGUGUGUGUGUGCAGACAGAAAAAGAGAACAUAUGAGUAACGAUUUCCUCUCUGUAGAAUAAGGCAUAUUCAUGUGCACUGCUACUGCAGAAAGACUCUUUACACUGAGACUGUGACCUCCUUCUGUGACCUUACGCUACAUCCCACAUUUCUCUCGUCAGGUGACUCUAACCAGGAUCAGCUCUCUGUGCUCCACAAAACGAACCUUGACAUUCCUAACAGACUACUCCACAGAUUUGCUCCUUUUGAAACUCUCCUGUGGACAUGUAACAGCCCCACAUGUUUUAGCUACAUGGGAUGGUUUUGUGAAUGACAGAAAACUUAAGUUAAUUUAAUUUCUUACUGUCUUUUGUUAUGUUGUUGAUUGAAUAUAAUUAUUAUGGUUACCACCUUUAUUAUUACUGUUUGUUUUUAUGGACUACAAUAAAAAGUGAACAGUU